GUAAUACUGGGAGUGACGGUGUGCCUUAGCGACACAAUGAAGUAGCGGUGUAAAUAACCCCUGUAGAGGAAACAACAUUAUUUAGUUUCUUGUAGAGUUAGAAAUUACAAUCUUGAACGGUUGUGUUGUUUCAGUUUCGACACGUUAAGCGGUGAAUAUCUUUGAAGUAACUCGCUAAAUUGUUUAGUGGUUGCUUAGUGAGACUGAAACCUCUCAGCUAGCUAACCUCCUUCAGCCUUGCACUCUCGUAUAUCACAGCUAUCAGCAAGUCUGCGCCAUGGAGUUUCCUUUUGACAUUAAUCAGUUAUUCUCUGAGAGGAUCUCCAUUCUGGACCAGAAUCUUGUUGCAAGUCGCCAAUCUAAAGAAAAGCCAGAUCUUCGGGUCAAAAUUGCAACAGUUCUUGAUGAACUUGGGAAAGCCUCAGCAAAGGCACAAGACCUCCCAGCUCCUAUAACAAGUGCUUCCAAGCUGCAGUUCCAGAAGCAUCAACUGUACCUGAUGAAGGAUGGAGAGAGCAGCCGAGGACGGGGUGUGGUUGUGGGAUUUCUGAAGGUUGGCUACAAGAAGUUAUUUCUGCUUGAUCGAAAUGGUGUGCACAUCGAAGUAGAGCCACUGUGUGUUUUGGAUUUCUACAUUGCAGAAAACUUACAGCGACAUGGCUAUGGGCUAGAACUAUUCAAUUUUAUGUUACAGCAUCAGAACGUGGAGCCAGUGUUGUUGGCAUAUGACAGACCGUCCACCAAAUUGCUGGCAUUCCUGGCUAAGCAUUACAAUCUAAGGCAGAGCGUUCCUCAGGUCAAUAACUUUGUUGCCUUUGAGGACUUCUUCUACAAAAGAGCAGUGUCCCAGUUGAGAAGAGUAAAAAAGCCUGAUGGAGAGAUUAAGCCUUAUUCUUUAAUGGAAAGAGAAGCGGUACGCCAAGAGCAGAGGUCACUUCCUUGGCCAUUUGCUGCUCCCCAGUCUCCUCACCACUCAGUAUCUUCCCAGUGCUCCCAGUCUCCCAGUGCUGGCUCCUCUCCCAGGAGGGUGCUUCCAUGUGUCACACAUCCAGCGUUUGCUGGAGACAGCAGGGAGCAGAGCCCUCAUUCACCUCUGAUGGACUGUUGCAGGACAAGACGUAGCAAUAGCGAAAAGGGUUUAGUUGCCAGAUCCAGCCUGUACAGUCGACACAUGGGCAUCAGACAUGCUGGACUCCUGGACAGAAACUCAGGUCGGACACCAAUGGGAGAUCAGACAUGUGCACUGGGCUGGAAAAACGAACACAGAGCCCAGCCUGGCCUGCCAGCGCCACCUGGACCCCGGAGUGAUGAUGUUUACAGCCUGACUACCACAGAUGGCACAAAGAAGCACCUGGAUUCAGCCGCCGAGUCCCAUGCAACAUCAGACGAGACUAAAGUGUUGGACAAUAAACAGAGCUCAUCUAAAGGCAACCACAAACUUCUAGAGAAAGAUAACACCAGAAAACAGCCAGACUGGUCAUGGGCAGUGGGAGGAAACUACUCCACUGCACAGUGGGUCAAGCAGAAUCAAGUUUACAGAAGCACCCGCCCUUGGUGAUCAGGAACAUCUAACAUGGAUGACCAAGAUAAACGCAGUAACCAUACAUGGAUGAGCCGGACUGUGGUAUUAAAUCAAGCAGAUUGUUCCAAACCAAUGUUUCUGAGUCGGUUGUUGAGUGUGGAGUGCAGGUUUUAAUUAACCCUGUGACAACUGAACAGCCACACUUCAGUGAAGCCAAAAUACUUGAGUCAGAUGUUUGUUGUUUUUGGAACUCCACAGUUUCCAAUAACUUGUGACAUCAAGGGCAAAAAUGCACUAAAUCCACUGGUCAGUGGUGCCACGUUAGGGUUCCAUGGUAGCACACUUAGUAGCCCUGUUGCUUAGGAGCAAGAAGGUCCUGAGUUCAAAUCCCUGCUUUUCUUUCUGCAUGGAGUUUGCAUGUUCUCCUCUUACAUGUGUGGGUUCUCUCCGGGUACCCCGGUUUCCUCCCACAGUUCAUAAACAGAACCAGUAUGCUGGAAUAGAAAACUCUUUAUUGAAUUAAUGUGUACCAGCAGCAAGCUAAAGGUAAAUAGAAGUAUGCCAAUUCACACUUCUACUGGCACACUUCUUCUGAUUUAAAAAAAAAUUAAUUUAUGAUUUACACUAACUGCUGCUUCUGAAUUCUCUGUAACUGUGAAUUUGGGUGUGUAUGAUUAUAUGCCUGUGAUGUGGUCAGGUAGCACCAGUCUGUCACUGUGUGUAAUAAUUAGUGAAUGAUUCAGGUGUGAAGUCCUUUGGAAUUAUCACUUUACUUUCGCCUCAUGCCAGUAACCCCUGACCUCUGGAUGGUACCUCAUCAGCUAGUGUUAAAGUAAACAGCUUUCUCCAAUGCUUUGGAGUCAGUGAGUCAGGUAUAGUUGGUAAAUCUUUAUUAGGAUUGUUAGUGUGAAUUUGAUUCCCAAUUCUUUUCGUUAUUAAUACAAAACCGCAAUAUUUGUAUUGUUAGGUUCCAGUAAAGAGUGAGACGUGAUGAUGACAAUGAAACAAGCCAAACCUGUAUCUAUCAGCAACACGUCAUAAUGACAACCAUCCUUUGUUCUGGGUGAACUCACCCUGUAACUUUACUUUCGAAGUAUGAAGAACUGCUGCUUAUCUCCUGUCAACAUCUGGCUGUCUAUACUUGCAGCACUUUACUGAUGCAUUUCUUUAUGUUGACUCAUUCUGCUGGGGUUAUUAAACUUCUGACCUGUCCAAACAAAUUCUUUUUUUAAUAAAAGCCACUACCAUGCACAUUA